CAGCAGCCCACUGUCCACGUCGCGGCGUUUCCUAACCUCCAUCGAGUCCAGACAGGACGGUAUACUCAAUGGCAGACCAAGAGCGACCUGACAGUGACAGACUACCGGCACAAACACCUCCUCGUCAGGACGUCGACGCAGGGAAAACCCCUACAGAGCAUGACGAUCCAUACAGUAGUCCGAUAGUAUCGCCGACACCAGACAAUCUGAAUGUUGGUGAACCUGAUUCGCGUGGACACAAUCCACACCCGUACUAUGAGCAAUUUGCACGUCGUCGUCCACGCAUUCAGCCAGAGACAGAGGCUGAAGAGCAGCAGCAGCCGCCAGUACAGGACGCACGUUCAGUCAUCGAUGAUAUCGGACCAGUUCGUCGACGAUUGACCCUGCGAGGUUCGGAAGACAUUCCAGACGGAACACAGUUUAGUCGGUACAUCGGAUCACCCACCACGUCGCGCGUCCUAUCAAGAUACACGGCUGACACGGAAGACGUUGACAGGGAUGGCGAGCGAGGCCUACAAGAUAUCAACAAGGCGAGGAACCUUCGAGAGAACUACAAAACGAACAGCAGCUCAUCAAGGGAGGAUGAAACCGACGGCAAUGUCGAACAUCAAUCCAGUCAACAGCAGCAGCAGCCGCAGCAACAACAGCCACGGACCAAGCUAGGAGGUGGCAAAGGUCGCAAAGAUCGCAAGGUAUCGUUUGCAGACGAGGUUCAGAUUAGCAGUAGUCGUAAACCGUCACUGAGGUUUUCCUCGAGCAGUACAGCUCCUCGAACUGAUAGCUUGGCUAGUGACGUCACACUGCCCGAGCUGCCGGUGAAUGAAGAGGGCGUGGAGGGACAGUCUGCUACGGAAUUGGAGGAAGAGCGGAGAGAGGGGACGCACUCCACCCCGGAGGAUUUGCUGAACUACAUAACGUGGGCUGAAGUCGUCCAGCAGAUCAUGGAAGACUUUCGUCGCACUGAUAUUGAUGAAGAUAGUUCAACUCUCAGAGUAUUUAGUCGGCAUACUAUCACACACGCCAUCGAAGAGGCGUUGAGAGGUCUGGUUGCAGAAACGACCCAGGGGGAUCUCUCGCUCAACGUCGAGCAGAUCGCUAAUGAAUGGUAUCGAGGCCGCUUUCAUGGUGAUGUGUCGGAAACUCUUCACUUCCGCGUGAAAGGAAUACUCAAGCGUGCUGCCGACGCCGAGUUGCUAGGCAACAGAUGGACUGAAUUUCAGCUGGACCUGCUGAAGUACUUGAGUACGUUCACUCCCCAGUUGCCUAGCGACGUGAAAUUUGACGUCCAAGAAAUCGAGGAGUACGGCCUUUUGAAAGACCACGACCAGGAGCGCUUCAACACGGUUUCAGAUUGGCUGGACAAGACUCUAGAGGUCGACAGGCGGCCUAACGUCUUCGCUCGUCUUGCCUCGCACCCUCGUGUGUCUGGUACGAAUAGCGAGCAAGGAUUUCUAGACCAGAGCGAAUGGUACGUGAUCAGCCCCACAUCCAGUACUGAUCGUAUACUUGUGCAAAGUGACGAUGAUCGAGAUUCGCUGUUCACAGCCUCGCUAGACCAGGACGAUAUUGCCGCUGCAAGUCAAGUUCAUUCAAAACCCACUCGAAGUACAACUACUGGCGCUUGUUCUAGUGACAGCAGUGGAUCUGCAUCCCCAAAUCCUCCACUUGCUACAGCCGCUGAAGUUCAAGAUCAUUUGAUACGCUUAGCGGCUGACCAGGAGGCGGCUGCGGACCAGCAAACUGCUGAGCGAGCUCGUGAUAAAAGUCAGAGAGCUAAAAAGACCGUGCGAUUUGACCUAACUGAGGAACAGCUCCAAGACGAGGCAGGACGGUACGAAGAAGAAACAGGAUUGGAUCUCACCGAAGAGGAGCGCAACGCGCUGCGAAAACGUGCCCGCAGUCGCACGCUCUCGCGAGAGGAUAGCAAACGUGAAAAAUCGUACAACCCAUACGCGCGAACAGCGCGACGUCCUAGAUUUGCCUCACGUGUUACUCUACUGGAACAAGUGAGACGAUUGCCGAAACGCUGGCCGACGAUGAGUCGCGUUCAUGAUCAACCGCCGCCACGUCACUUGACGUUGGAAAUGCUGGAGGACUGCAGCAAGGAGCAGGGCCCAAAGGGAGAGGAAGCGCUUAUUGUGCUGGAGGAUGGCUUCGACUUUGACCAAGUCAAAGUGCUCCGGGUCGAAUACAAAAAUGUUCAGACGAUAGACAAUCUGUGGCGACUGACACAGCUGACAAGACUAACGCUGAGUAAUAAUGUCAUAGAGGCAAUGGAGGGAUUCGAUGCUCUCGUGCAUCUGGAGAUACUUGAUUUGUCGUUCAACAAUAUCAAAGUGAUCCAAGGACUGGAGAAGAACACGAAGCUGACAGAGAUGGCACUAGCACACAAUAUGAUUAUUCAGCCAGAUAACCUGCUGCACCUGAGCAAGCUAGAAGUACUCACUUUCUCCCAUAACUGUAUCAACGAUCCUGAACAUCUGUUAUACUUCCGUCGGAUCAAGAGUUUGCGUAGUUUGACGGUCGACCACAAUCCGUGUGGGGAAGAGCCUAAUAUCGCAGCACUCUGCAUCUCGCACAUCCCACAGCUGAUCUAUCUGAACUUCAGAUUCAUUACAACUGAUAUGAGAAAUGAGGCCGAAGCAGAGAACAGAUCCAGCCUCAGUGCGGUAGAGGAAUUUGAACGCGGAGAGAAGAGAGUAGCUGCGAAGAAAGCUAAGGAUGAAGCAAAUCAAAAACUGCUCACGGAUGCGUAUGUGGACGGUCUGACGGAGGACGACUUCUUCGAGCUGAUCUUCUCCAAAGAUAGCGUGAGCGAGAACAUGAUUCACGAGGUAGAGAUUGUCGGACAAGGAAAAGCUAAUCUGAAGAAAGUCCUUUUUGCAACGACUGAGACAAUGGUGAAGUCUGCCCUGGAAGAGAGGAAGAAACGGGACAACGCACUGGAGAUGUUUCUGAAAUGUAUGAACGGAGCCAUUCAGGACAAUGUCUCCUUUGGUCGCAAGGAAUGUGACUCAUUUGAUGAGUCCAAGGACAAGUUUCAGGAUGACGAUGGCACGGCUGAUGUGGCUACGCAGACUGAGAUGGCUAAGACCUUGUCUGGAAAGAUUGCACACCUAGAGAGUGAUCUUCUCACGGCGGAAAUUCGACUCAGCGAUCAGAUCGACGACGUGAUGAAGGAGUUUGAACGCUACUACAAUGAAAGAGUUGUAGCAUGUGUGGAGGCAAUGCAGAGAGGAUUUUCGUCCUGCCGCGAUCACUUGAAGGAGUAUUAUGAGAAGGCGCAAACAGACUUGGGUCAUUUCAUUGACUCUGCCUACGAUGAAAACCCGCCUGGUGCUCUGUCUGAGGAGUUGAAGAAUCUGUUACAGCGCAUCUACCCCGGGCGGUUGCAGUUACCUGGAAAAGAAUUCAAUCUGCUAAACGACAAACAGGGACUUCUUUCUCAGAUGGCGACGUCACAUGACAAUCAUCUCCUACUCAUUGAUAACAAGGAAGAUAAGCUGCUGAGCUGUCUACGUGGUGAUGCCAAGGAUCUUCUGAAGAAGCUACAAGACGAGGAGAUAGAGAGGAACCUGCGCAGGGUGUCUGAAGUCAGAGGCUACAUCACAUCCGUACGGGAUAAUCUCUCGGAUUACGAUGAUGACGAUGAUGAUGACGAGGUUGACAUGACGAACACGGAGAUUAUCGAGAAUGGUACGGUACCGAACGAAGAGAGAUUCGAGCCAUGAUAUGACCUACAUCUGCUGUGCCUUGAACUACCUUGUGGUCGUAGAGGUGAUCAGGAUGAUGCUGUGAUGUCAUAGUGGUGAACUGUGAUGUCAUUGUGGUUUACUAUGACAUCACGACAUGGAGCCAUGAUCUCAUGAAUGUGAACUGUGGUGACACCAUGAUUGUAACUUGCGAUGUCACGGUGAGGAACUGUGAUGUCAUGAUAGUGAAUUAUGAUGUCACUGUGGUGAACCAUAAUGUCAUGGUGGUAAACUGUGAUGUAAUGGUGUCACACAUCGGUGCAUCCGCAACAGACUGUUUUCUCAUCCGUUUUUGACAUAACAAUACUACAUGUAUACAUCAUAGAGUGAUAAUAAUGUUAGGCAUGCUGUCGUGUGGCAUAGAGAUAUUGUGCUAGGCAUGCUGUCGUGUGGCAUAGAGAUAUUUUGCUGUCUUGAGUAAAACGCAACUUAUGUAGUACAUUUAUAGCCUGCAUAGCUGAUACUACUGUUGCGGAGUAGUAUGUGCAUUCUACAUGUAAUUCUCCCAAGUCAUCAAGCCGGAGGACUCUCAUUUUGCACUCUUGUUCUUUUUAGAUUAGACUAAUGUAACUGUUCUAGUGUAUUUGAAACCGAUGACCUUUAUGUACAAGGAUGUACGGACGUUGUUCACCAUGUACUCCAGCCUAGGUGUGCAUGACUGCCAUGUUGCCAUGACGAUGUCUUGAACUGAGUUUAAUGCGUAAUAAGAAGCGACAGGCUCCUGCAGUCCCCUGUAUA